AUGGCUGCAUCUUUUUCAGUACCUUCAAUGAUUAUGGAAGAAGAAGGAAGAUUUGAAGCAGAAGUAGCAGAGGUGCAAGCAUGGUGGAACUCUGAGAGGUUCAAGCUAACCCAAAGGCCAUAUUCAGCGAGAGACGUCGUUGCACUACGCGGUAAUCUCAAACAAAAUUAUGGAUCGAAUGAAUUGGCCAAGAAACUAUGGAGGACUCUCAAAACUCACCAAGCCAAUGGCACUGCCUCAAGAACCUUUGGUUCACUUGAUCCUGUACAAGUUACUAUGAUGGCUAAGCAUUUGGACACAAUCUAUGUCUCCGGGUGGCAAUGCUCGUCAACCCACACAACCAGCAAUGAACCAGGUCCUGAUCUUGCCGAUUAUCCCUAUGAUACUGUCCCCAACAAAGUCGAGCAUCUUUUCUUCGCGCAGCAGUAUCAUGAUCGGAAGCAAAGAGAGGCAAGGAUGAACAUGAGCAGGGAAGAGAGGGUUAGGACUCCGUACAUUGACUACUUGAAGCCGAUUAUUGCGGAUGGUGAUACCGGAUUUGGUGGUGCUACUGCCACAGUUAAGCUCUGCAAGCUGUUUGUCGAGCGUGGUGCAGCCGGUGUCCACAUUGAGGAUCAGUCCUCCAUGACGAAAAAAUGUGGACACAUGGCUGGCAAGGUGCUCGUGGCGGUCAGUGAACACAUCAAUAGGCUCGUGGCUGCGAGGUUGCAGUUUGAUAUUAUGGGUGUUGAAACCGUUUUAGUGGCUCGUAUUGAUGCUGUUGCAGCGACAUUGAUCCAAACCAAUGUCGAUACACGGGAUCAUCAGUUCAUUUUAGGUGUGACGAACCCAAAUCUUAAAGGGAAACCUUUAGCUACUCUGCUGGCAGAGGCAAUGGCUGCUGGUAAAACAGGGUCGGAGCUUCAAACGAUCGAGGAUAAUUGGCUGGCGAUGGCACAAUUGAAGACUUUUUCAGAAUGUGUUGUCGACGCUAUCAGAAAUUUGAACGUUGGAGAAGCUGAGAAGCAGAGGAGAUUGAAUGAGUGGAUGAACCAUUCGAGUUACAACAAAUGUCUCUCGAAUGAGCAAGGGCGAGAUAUUGCUGAGAGAUUAGGCCUAACCAAUCUCUUCUGGGACUGGGAUUUGCCAAGAACCAGAGAAGGAUUCUACAGGUUCAAGGGCUCUGUAAUGGCAGCAAUUGUCCGUGGCUGGGCUUUCGCCCCACACGCCGACCUAAUCUGGAUGGAAACCUCAAGCCCUGACUUGGUCGAGUGCACCAAAUUCGCCGAGGGUGUCAAGUCUAUGCACCCACAGAUCAUGUUAGCUUACAAUCUCUCCCCCUCUUUCAAUUGGGAUGCGUCUGGAAUGAACGAUCAGCAGAUGAUGGAUUUCAUACCGAGGAUUGCCAAACUAGGCUAUUGUUGGCAGUUCAUUACUCUAGCCGGAUUCCAUGCUGAUGCCCUCAUUAUCGAUACUUUUGCUAAAGAUUUUGCACGACGGGGAAUGUUGGCAUACGUCGAGAAAAUCCAGAGGGAGGAGAGGAAACAUGGAGUUGACACAUUGGCACAUCAGAAAUGGUCUGGUGCAAAUUACUAUGACAGAAUUCUGAGGACUGUCCAGGGAGGAAUCACUUCAACUGCUGCUAUGGGCAAAGGGGUGACUGAAGAACAGUUUCAAGAGACAUGGACGAGGCCGGGAACGACGACCAUGGCGACUGACGGCAGCGUCGUGAUUGCAAAGGCCAGAAUGUCAUUUGACCUGUCUAGAGUGGCCCAGUUAAUGGGUAUAGCUUUAGUCAAUGGAUGCAACACUUUCCAUUCUAAGGUGUGUAAACCCGAUGGAAGAGGAGCCACGAUGUCAGAAUGCUCCCUGACAAUGGCAAUACGACAUUCAUUCUUGUGGCAUCACCCCACUGGUGAUAAUGGCUUGGAGGUGUGA